CGACUUUGUCAUUUAAAAAAAGAUAAGGCCAUUCAAUUCCAUCACAUGCGUUUUCCAAGUUCAUUUCUUGGACUACACAAGAUUUCGCUUCUCACUGGCAUGAUUUUCUAAAUGUCAGGUGACCUCACGGUUAGUGAGGAUAUGGUCCACGAUGGGAUAAUCUUGAAUGAAACCAUUACGAUACUUUAAAAUUAUGUGAGACAUGAUACAAGUCAACUUGUUUGCUAACAUUUUACAUUUUAGCAACCAACUUGUAGAUUACUUGACAAAGUCUAAUGGAUCUCAACCAACAAUGUAUAAGGGGUGACUUCUUUUGACGAUACAAUCAUUGAAUUUUGGAAUUAAAUCUACAUCCUAAUCACGCUCCGAAAAACUAGGGUUGGAUAAUCGGUUAGCGGUUAGCGGUUAACUGACCGGUUACAACCAAAAACUGGCCGGUGAUCUACUAACCAAAAACCGAGAUAACCGAAAGUUGGUCGGUAUUUGGAGGCUGUGCGAGAUGGUUUUGGUCUUGUGAGGCGGUUCGAUUUACCGAAAACCGAGAUAACCCAAACUUUAAACCAUCUUUCGGUCGGUGGUUGAUAGGGUUGAAAGGUGGUUUGGUUAACCAGUAACCGAUCCUUCGGUUUUCGGUUAUAACCGAACCAACCGGUCCUCCACCCUUAUGAAACAAAUUUCGUAAGAACAUGUAAAUAAAAAUACUAAAAUUUUGGCAAUGUAUAAUCCGUAAAUUUUGGAAAUCAAAUUUACACUCCGUGAAUUUAGAGAACCUUUGAAACAAAUUCCUUGGGAGAUGGAAAUGAAGAUAGUCAAAUACUAAAUUUUGGCAGUCCAUUGACGAACUAAUCGCACUCGUAGAGAGGCGAAUUAGGUGACUAGACGAUUAACUUUCCACCAGCAACAGCAGUAGCAGAGUACCACCAACACCAACGUCUAUGGAUCUAUCGUCUCCCUCUCUUUCUCUCUCCGCUGUCUGAUUCUUCUUCUUCUUCCCCUCAUCGCCGUUUCCGCAUUCACCGGUAAGUCGCAGCUCCUACUCCUCCCCAUUCGCCUCUCACCAUUUCUCUUCCUUUGACUUUUGUCCUCCCCUUACUCCUACGCUCUCUUUGUCUAUCUUCCCUCUCUCUCCGCUCGGCUUUUGGAGGGUUUAGAUCGACUUGUAUAUGAACAGAUCUUAGCUGGUUUUUGAUUCUAUCUUUGCUUUCCUUCCUGGAUAUUUGCUUGCUGCGUCUGUCAUUGCUGCUUACCGAGCUACUUUCCGCUGUUCAAUUCUCUAAACAUGAACUUCAGUUUCUCCAGUUGAUUUGUUCUUUCUCCUUGGCUGUAUGCGGAUCUCUGUGUGCAUUUUUCUUGUUUCAGUUUAUUCCGUAUGUAUGUAUACCCUUUACUCACACCAGGUUAAUUUUUAUCUGGUUUUGGCAGCGAAAAGGUCUUCUUUUGGUGCUUUCUUAAUGGCUCUUCACUUGCCUUUUGUUCUGAUUGUACAAAAUUUCCAGUCUUUUGAACUUUCUGCUUGUUGGGUUUCAUCAGGUGAAAGGGGGAACCACACAGCUUACAUUUGCUCAAAAAACAGUGCAGAGCGCUUUAGCUUAUAAAGCUAUUGAUUAUAUUGCCGAGCUGCUGCUUGGACAGUGUGAUAUUUUUCUUUGAGCAGUCAAGGCUUGCUAGAUGAUAUACGUCUGCAUAAUCCAGCACAGCACAAUUAGCAAUAGCUCUAUCAGUUGUGAUUUUUGCAGGCUCUAUUUCCCGGUGAUAAACUGGAGUUGACCAGCUUGUGGAGAUUAUUAAGGUAACUGAUUAGUUGGUUUUUUGUUCAACAGUUCCAUGUUUCUGAUUUCCACUUUAGAAAGUCGAUUUUGGUUCAUUACUGAUUAGUUGUGCCACUCUGAAUGCAAUGUGGCUCUGUUAUUCUAUCUGCAGAACUUGGGUAUCCAACAAGGGAAGAGAUCAAGUGUAUGAACCCAAAUUAUACUGAUUACAAAUUCCCUCGGAUCAAGGCUCGCCCUUUGAAUAAGGUAAGCAUGGUAACUCUUUCACUGGGGUGCUUUUUAUGUGGCAGUUGAUGGCCUACUUAGGAAUCCAUUUUACUUGUCCCUUGGCAUGCCACAAUUGCAUGCCUCCAUAGGCAGCUGAUCUUGUCUCAGGACUCCUGCAGUUGUCAUUGUUCUGUUCUUGGCUCUCAGAUUUUCUCCCCUAUCCAGGAAAAUGGCGGGCAGUCUGAAAUCGGAGAUGUCGCAGAAGACUAUUCUAGGUCUCCAAUUAUGGGAGCUCAUUUGCAUUGGCAUUGCACUCUUCACCAUCAUCAUCUUAACAGUCACCAUCUACCUCUCUCGUAAGAAGUCUUCCUCCACCAAAAGAAUCUCGCACCCGAACCUUAACCAGCAGCAGCUUCCGCUCUCUCAAAUCCCGUCUGUGUCCAAGGAGAUCAAGGAAGUCCGAGUGGAGCAAAUCCCAACCGACGAGUUCGUCCCUCGUGAAGGAAUCCUUCUGACAAUCCACGACAAGUCGAGCGACAAGGAUGCCGAUAAGGUGCUCGUCCAUCUCGGCAUGCCCAAGUCCAAGAACGGUAACGGCAACGCCAAUGGAAAUGGUGACAACAGCAGUCACUCGGGUGGUUCCUUCCACCAAUACGACAAAGACGGCGUUGUUUCCCUCUCUGGUGAUCAAGACGGCAGCUCAGCCGGCACCGGCUACAGGGCUUCCUCUGUUGCUUCCCAACACUACCUGAUCACUGCUCCUUCUCCGCUCAGUGGGCUCCCUGAAUUCUCUCACUUGGGUUGGGGUCAUUGGUUUACACUCAGGGACCUUGAAUUGGCUACCAACCGCUUCUCCAAAGAGAAUAUCCUCGGCGAGGGCGGUUAUGGAGUUGUUUACCGUGGAAAUCUCAUCAAUGGUACUCCCGUUGCUGUCAAGAAGAUUCUCAACAACUUGGGCCAAGCUGAGAAGGAGUUCAGAGUUGAAGUUGAUGCGAUUGGGCAUGUCCGCCAUAAGAAUUUGGUUCGUCUUCUUGGGUAUUGCAUAGAAGGCACGCACAGGAUGUUGAUUUAUGAGUAUGUGAACAACGGAAACUUGGAACAGUGGCUUCAUGGAGCCAUGUCUCACCAUGGAUAUCUUACGUGGGAGGCCAGAAUGAAAGUUCUCCUCGGCACAGCCAAGGCGCUUGCUUAUUUGCACGAGGCCAUUGAGCCAAAAGUUGUGCAUCGUGACAUUAAAUCUAGCAACAUAUUAAUCGAUGAUGACUUCAACGCCAAGGUUUCUGAUUUUGGCUUGGCCAAGUUGCUUGGAGCUGGAAAGAGCCAUGUCACUACUCGAGUGAUGGGAACUUUCGGAUAUGUGGCUCCUGAAUAUGCCAAUAGUGGCCUUCUGAACGAAAAGAGCGACGUUUAUAGUUUUGGGGUUGUGCUCUUAGAAGCAAUCACGGGAAGAGACCCCGUGGACUACAGUCGUCCCCAGCAUGAGGUAAAUCUUGUAGAUUGGCUGAAAAUGAUGGUGGGGAGCAGGAUGUCUGAAGAAGUUGUAGACCCCAACAUGGAGACAAAACCAUCAACAAGAAACCUGAAGAGAGCCCUUUUGACUGCUUUGAGAUGCGUGGAUCCUGACUCUGAGAAACGACCAAAGAUGGGGCAAGUUGUAAGAAUGCUGGAGUCCGAGGAAUAUCCUGUUCCGAGAGAGGAUAGAAGACAUCGAAGAGCCCAUGGGGGUAGUAUGGAGAUAGAAUCUCAAAAGGAGAACUCAGAUAGUGAUCGUCCAUUAGCACCGGGAGGCGAGAGCAGGAGGAGGUCUUAACUCUUGACUGAAACAAACAACACGAUUCAUGGAGAGACCACCUCACACAUUUGACAAAAGCUACAAGAGCUAAGAGGGUGAGAUCUGAGAUGGAAGGGGAAGGGAGGGGGUGGAAUAACUGGGUACCAAUUCGUUUGUGUUCUUAUCAUUAGAGGAUCCAUUCUUGAGUUUGGUUUUAUUUUGGUAUGUGCAUAUCGGUAUUGGAUAGGUUCAUGUGGUCAUUGUUCUAGUUUCUUUUGGUUGUAUCUUUUGGAUUUUCAUUAGUAGGAAGAUGGAAGGAGGGUCCAUGAUGUUUUCUUUUUUAUUCUUCCCAUUUUGUUCAUAAUUUGAUUUGUAAUGGAAGGAUAAUUUAAGCGGUAGGGUGUUAUACGUUGGUUGGGAAGGUAAACUGUGUAUGUGUGUACAGUGAAGUAGCAGAUAGGACACCUGAAAUUUGAGAGGAGGGUUGGUGUUUUGUAAUUUGGCCUAUUUGUUUGAAAUUAUUGCCAGUUCUUUCGUUGGUUGGAGUUGAGGAUGGACGCUGCGCCUUCCAAGUUCCACCAUGGAUUGGCUAUCCUAUCUCCAUCUUCUCUUACAUUUUGAUCAGGUUAAUUGAAUUAGCUUCUGCCACAGUAUAAUAUCUGCUACUGAUCUAUUUCUCACAUCCCACCCAACCUUUCUUGCCUGCGAAAGUUGUAAUGAUAGUUGGCUCAAACAUGGUGGUUGAUGAUUCUCCACAAUGAAGUAAUGGGAUCCGA